AUUUUAUUUUACUUCUCUUCUUAUUUUUUCAGUAUUAUUUUCUAAUAUUUUUCUAUAAAAUUUAUAUAUUCUUCUAAAAUUUCCUUUUGUUUCUCCUCAUUUUAAAAAACCUAAAAAUCCUCUAAAAUCCCACUAUAUUUCUCUCCUAAAUCAUUCCCAAUAUGAAUACCUUCCAAUUCCCAAAAAUACUAUUUUAUUUACACAAAUUUCAUAUGUAAUCCUAAAAUAGAUUACACAAACAUCUCUUUUGGGUACUUCCAAUACGGUAUGCCUUAUGCAAAUAAAGGUAAAAUUCCCAUCCUUAAUAAAUGACAUGACAGUAGGUAGCACAUCUAAAUAAGAUAUAGACGAAACACCACCAAAACCAUAUAAAUCAUUACUUGAAAUAAUCAGUACACCCUAAUUGUCUUCCGAAACACAACCAUGAUUACAGAAAUUAUCUUCCCCGUUAAAAGACUAGCCGCCAUGAUCACCGGAAAUGAUCAAAAGGGUAUCUUGAAGCUCUUUUUAUGCAAAAGAAAUGA